GAGCUGUGUGUGUGUGUGUGAUCUUUGAACCCGAUUUAUGGCUGGAUGUUUACAGGAAAAUACACCACGUACAUGUCUGUUUACUGCAGAAAAAGCAAAAGAAAGAUUCAGUUCACAUUUCCUCUUAUAAUAUCAGUGUGAAGCAGGAUUAUGGAGGCAUGGAAAAGUCACGUGCGAGCAGCACUGAUCCACAGAGACUGCAUACAGAAAGACCCCUUCUCUGGACUCUUCAGUAAAGUCUCUAGAUUAGAAGAAAUGUUGGAUCUACGCCUGGGUGCAUGGGAGGAUUUGGAGCGAGACAGAACUCAAAGUGCAAAUACAAAUGGAGUAUUGCAAUGUCCAGUUGAGGAAAAAAACUCACCACAACUCUAUCUGCAGCUCAAAGAAGAAGAGCAAGUCAGAAAAAAGCUUGUUCAGAAAGUCUUAGACCUGACUAGUGAUCUCUACCUGAAGGAAGCAGAGCUGCAGUACUGUAACUCACAAGUAAGCCGCUACCGCAACGAAGCUGUGCUCAUGGCCAGAGGAGCGUGCUGUCUCAAAAAUGAUCUGUCCGAAUACGAGUAUAAAUUGGAGUGUCAGUCAAAGGCGUUGGCCACGUUGCAAUUGGAGCAGAGGACACUGAGGGAGGAACUGGCACUCGCACGUCAGGAGAAAGAGGAGCUACUGGAACGCUGGUUGGAGGAGAAAAGAGAAGAGGCAGAGCGAAUUAAUACACACAAUGCUGCAUUGGAGAGGUGGAACAGUUAUGCUCGUCGACUGAACAGGCGUCUACAUUCCGGACGUCGUCGGCAAACACUGCCAACUACUAACAGUUAAGUUCUUCA